UUCUUGGGAAAUCGUGCUAGAAAAGUGUCCGUCUUUGCGUUUUCCGCAUUUUAAUAAAACUACAGCUAUUAUAAUUUAUUCUGGUGGGUUUUAGGGGUUAAAAAUGUCUCAGAGAGGGCCGAGGGUGGACCUGAGCCUGAAGGAGCUGUCUCUGUCCGAUCAGAGCCCACACAUCCCGGGGAACUGCGCCUGCCUGCCGCUGCGGGAGAACAGGCUGGUCUGUGUGGAGUAUCCAGCGGUGAUCCAGAACCUGGACCGAGCCCUGGAGAGCCUGGGGGGAGAGCACAACAUGUCCAAAACAUAUGCCAACCCAAACCGCCGGCUGGAGCUGCGUCUGCGCCCUCAGGACCCUUUCUGUCACUCUUUAUGUGGGAACCGCCUGGACUCCAGUAACCUGCUGCUCCGAGUGCGGCGUAGAGUGAGGAAGAGCGAUCCCACCGAUGUGCAGAUACAGACUGAGAUACUGGGAAUCAUAGUGACUACAUACAAGUUUCAAGGAAUGGCAGACUUCCAGUGCCUCGCUGUACAUCCAGAGAAUGGCAGUAAAAUGUCCCUGUACGACAGGAUCGUCCUGACGCGGCCGGAGAGCCAAGACUUCUUUGAACAGCCGCUGCCCUACUUCCUGCCCCCCGCCAUCUUCUCUCGCCUGGACACGCCCAUCGACUACUUCUACCGCCCCGACGUCACGCACAAGAUUGCAGAUGCAGGUCCUCAUAAGAACUUCAUCGGCCUGAAUCGAGCCCGGCGCCCACACAAUGCCAUCUUUGUGACGUUCCUGGACUCAGUGCCAAACGAGUGCCUGGAGAUGGCAAAAGUCAACUGGCUGCGUGUGUGCAUGAAAGAGAACGACCACAGGGCUGAACAGCAGAUCAAAGAGAUGUUUGAGAGGCGUCCCAUCUGGUCCAGAAAUGCUGUCAGGGCCAACAUUGACAUGCACCCAGACAAGCUCAAGCUGCUGCUGCCCCUAGUGGCCUAUUAUAUGGUGACAGGGCCGUGGAGGAGUCUGUGGGUGCGGCUGGGCUACGACCCCAGGAAGAGCACCGAGUCCAAACACUACCAGAUGCUGGACUUCAGGAUCCGCUGCAGCACCAAGCACGGUUAUUCUGUCGGCGAUGUGUUGGUUAAACCCAAGAGAAGUUCACUCAGCUACACUCUGCCCAACACUUUCAACAAAACAGUUCCCCCGGCUGCCAGUGUGAUGUCUCUGCCUGAUCAGGAGGGCACCAGCCAGGAACAAAACCCCUCUACCUACAAACUUAAGGAGUCUGCCUACAUCUUCAGAGAAGGCAUGGUCCCCCCUCACAGGCAGAUGUUCUACCAGCUGUGUGACCUACACGUGGACAGUAUCCAGAGGGUGGUGAACGCAAACAAAGGUUUGGAGAAGAAGUGUGACGAGCGUGACGGCUGGUGUGUGGUGGGGACCACAGACCAGCUGAGGGACAUCAUUUCUGAGUGCAUCCAGAAGGUGGUCCGCUCCAAGAAGAACAAGACCUUGUGGAAAGAGCCAAAGAGACUACGCAGCAGCCUGAGCUCCAAAUUGCCUUCAAAGUAUGAAGAGGAGGACAGCGAUGAGCAGGAGCCACACCUUGAUGAAGAGCCUGAUGAUGAUACAGAUGAAGAUGCAGAGGAUGAGCCUAGUGGAGCCCUGGACGAGACCAAAGAGGAAGAAGAAGUGGAGUUUCAGCUGUCAGAAGGUAGUGAGAAUGAGAUGGAGACAGAUAUGCAGGAGUACAUGUAACACACAGACUCUUCAGAAGACACACACAAACAUUUGUUCAUAGCCAUUUUGGAU